UCACCCACCGCUCGGUUAAGCCAUUCUGGCUUUGCCCCUCGGCUUUAGGUUUUGUCGCUAUCUGAAAUUCCCUAAUUCACCACUCUGAUAGUCUGGUUUCUUCUGUUCAUUCGAGAUCGCCUGAAUUUGUGAAAUUAGGGUUCCAGGACGUGCAUCUCUGUUCAAUUAUCUCAUAUUCAUAAUUAGAUAAUCAUUCCCAUAAUUCUUUAGAGUUUUCUUAUGACGGUCGUCUAGAGAGAUGACGGGACUUGCCAGACCACUCGAUCGAAACUCCGUCCAGUCACGACCCUCCAAUCAGUCUCAUCGCAGAAAUGUUUCCCGCUUGUUAGCGCUGAGAGAGAUAUCGCCCAGAACAAAAUAUGUGCAGGGAAGGCAGUGGGGGGAAGCUUCUAGAUCGAGUGCUCGUGGGUCCAGGAACGAAUCAUUGAGAGACAUCAAGCAUGGUCUUGUUUCAUGGGUUGAGGCAGAAUCAUUGCGGCACUUAUCAGCCAAGUAUUGCCCUUUGCUGCCUCCUCCGAGGUCAACUAUUGCUGCAGCAUUUAGUCCUGACGGGAGAACGCUUGCUUCUACACAUGGUGACCACACUGUAAAGAUAAUUGAUUGCCAAACUGGAAACUGCUUGAAGGUCUUAAGUGGUCAUCGGAGGACACCUUGGGUGGUUAGGUUCCACCCAUUACGUCCAGAAAUACUUGCAAGUGGGAGCUUGGAUCAUGAAGUUCGUCUAUGGGAUGCAAACACGUCAGAGUGUAUAGGAUCUCGUGAUUUCUAUCGCCCCAUUGCUUCUAUUGCUUUCCAUGCUGAAGGUGGACUCCUUGCCGUUGCGUCUGGCCACAAGCUGUACAUAUGGCCCUACAACUACAGAGGGGAAGCUUCCUCACCAAUAAUUGUGUUGAAGACAAGGCGCUCACUUCGAGCUGUACAUUUUCACCCACAUGCUGCGCCAUUUCUCUUGACUGCAGAGGUGAAUGAUCUUGACUCUUCAGAUUCCUCGAUGACACGGGCAACAUCUCCGGGUUACUUGCGAUAUCCUCCUCCUGCUGUUUUUGUGGCAAAUGCUCAAUCUAGUGACCGUGUUAAUUUGCCUGCUGAACUUCCUCUCAUGUCCAUGCCUUUAUUGUUUGUGCCUUCUGUUUCUAUAGAUGAUUCAAAAAUAGAUUUGGAGCAUGCUAAUAGGCAUGUUGGCUCAAGAAACAUGCAAGUGGAGUCAUCUGCUUCAAUGCAGUUCCAGUCAGAUGUAAAUGUUUCAGAACAGCAAGAUACUACAGUGUCUCCUAUGGAGAUGUUAUCUGUGAGUCGUCCUGGAUCAUAUCCUGGUACAGAAGAAUCUGUAAACAAUUCUUUCCCUAAUGCGAUAGAAAGUGGUGUUUCUGACCAUCAAGUGGACGCUAUGGAUACAGAUGAAAUGCAACCAGUAGGGGCAAGCCAACUAUGUAACUCGACCAACCUAGAUAAUCUUAGUGGUGCAACGAGGGGAAUACCUGCACAUAUUUCCACUCGAUCAACUAUCACUGAAUUUGGCCAACUUCAGCAGUUUUUACCCAUUAGGGAUCCAUCUUGUUGGGAGCUUCCAUUCUUGCAAGGAUGGUUAAUGGGCCAAAGCCAAGUUGGUGUUUCCCCAGUGCUUCCUCUUGGUGGCGGUAGUCGUGAUCAUACAGCUCAAUAUGGGGGUUCCAGCUCAAUGCCUCAUCCAUCUACGUUUAAUGUUGAGGCCGCGGUAGCUUCAUUAACAGUGCCUGGCAGCAUGAACUUAUCUACGGUUCCUGGAAGACCCAAUCGACAUCAUAUUUCUCACACCCGAUUCUCUGGAUCUGAGUCUGGACAAGUUGCUUCUUCCAGUAAUGUUCUACAUGAUAACACUGAUGCUCAACCUAUCAUCAGCAGAAUUCAGUCUGAACUUGCCACGUCACUGGCUGCAGCUGCAGAGUUACCUUGUACUGUGAAGCUCAGAGUAUGGUCACAUGAUAUAAAAAAUCCUUGUUCUCUACUUGAUGGUAAAAAAUGCCGCUUGAUAAUACCACAUGCAGUCCUUUGUAGUGAAAUGGGUGCCCAUUUUUCACCGUGUGGGAGAUUUUUAGCUGCCUGUGUUGCUUGCAUACUUCCUUGCUCUGAAGCUGAUCCAGGGCUACAAACCUUAGUCCAUCAAGAACCUGGGACUGCUACAUCCCCAACUCGCCAUCCAAUUUCAGCACACCAAGUCAUGUAUGAGCUUCGUAUAUAUUCGCUCGAGGAGUCAACUUUUGGUUCAGUUCUUGUAUCGCGGGCAAUUAGAGCUGCUCAUUGUUUGACUUCAAUCCAGUUUUCACCCACUUCGGAGCAUAUAUUACUUGCUUAUGGUCGUCGUCACGGUUCUCUUCUUAAAAGUAUCGUUAUUGAUGGUGAAACAACAUCACCUAUUUACACUGUUCUUGAGGUUUACAGAGUUUCAGAUAUGGAACUUGUGAGAGUGCUUCCUAGUGCAGAGGAUGAGGUCAAUGUUGCUUGCUUUCAUCCUUUUGCUGGAGGAGGUCUUGUUUAUGGGACCAAGGAAGGGAAACUUAGGGUCCUUCAGUAUGAUAGAGCUCCUGAUGCAAACUGUAGUGGACCAAAUUAUUUUAAUGCUGAAAACAUGGCAGAGGUAGAGUAGUGAGCAAGGUUACAAUAUAAUCAUUCUUUUGGUGUUUAGAUACUUUUUUUGGUUAAUAAAUUGAAAAUAACCUGCUUUCGUGAUAGGUUCUGUUCAUUUUUUCCUUUUUAUCUUCUCUCCUUUUAACAGAGGAGAGAACAAUGUGAAAUAUCUUAUACAUUUGGUAACUUUAAAGUUUACUUCUCAUUUAAUGUAUCUCAUUCGAUUUCUAAUGGGAUUGGUGCUCAAGAUGUUCUGUAGCUCACUUUAAAAAGCUGUUAAGUUAGAAGAUAUAACACUGACCACCCCUUGUAUCUC